CAAGGUAGACCAGGCAAGCUCCCAUGACUAAUUGAAUUUCUUCUUUCUUUCUUCCAACCCCUCAACUACGCCACCAAACCGAAGUUUCCAGUUCCCAUUUCCCUUUCAUAUUUUUUUUUUACCUUUAAUCAGUUCAUUUCAAGAUAUAAAGAAGAAAGAAAGGUAAGAGAAAAAAAAAAAAUAAUCUCAGGAGAUAGUAAAAAGGGGGAAAAAAAAGGGUUAUGGCUUGCUUUGUUCCUUUCAAUAACAGAAAUUUGGAUGUAACCCUUUUUGUGUUUAAGCCAACGGUUGUACUUGUUGAUGAACUUGUUGAGUCACUGAAACAGUUCUGUGUAUGCACUGAAACUCUUGGUUGUGUUCAAAGUUCUAUAUUCAAGAGCAUCCAUGGUAAUCUGAUCAUAUGGUAUGGAGGAUGGAUGAAGAAAUCUUCCGAAAACAAAGAACUUUUGACUACAACCCUUCUAUCAAUGUUAACAAGCAUGUCAAGCAUGGCUGUUUUAACUGAACAUAGCUUCUUUGAUGCAUACGCUGGAGAAUCAAAAGAUGGCUCCAAUGCUGCCAAGUUCUCCACAGGUGACAUAGUCUCCAUGAAUCUGAUUACAUCUUCUUCCAGUGACCUAAACGAUGUCUCCUACGCGAACUUAGCCCUAUUCAGGUCUCGUUUCUUGAAGAUGGAAGGGGCCACAGCAGGAGUUUGCUUGAAAUGCCAAAGCAUGCCAAGGGUAGCAUGCCUUUACGUAUGGAAAUCUCUUCUACUAUGUUAUUCAUGGAUCCUUACCUCGGAUUACAGGAAGACAAUGCUGCCCUACCUUGAUCGUUUUUCCCUCAGUAUUAAGUAUGACAUCUUCUGGGUUGUCUAUGUUAGCAGUGAAAAUGUACAGAACUAUCAGAUUCCCCCUCAGCAUCAUGUUCUAGAAAAUGGAGAAGAAACCAGGAAUGAAGGACGGAUCAUAUGAGAUUAAAGAAGAAUGUUUCUUGACAAUUUUGCAUAUAUAGAUUUUGUUGUGAUGCAAAUAAUUUGUUGCAUAUGCUGCCAUAAGUAGUAUAAUCAAGGGAUUCAGUUAAGCUAUUUUUAGUUAGAGCCCAUGUACAUACCAAUUUGAAUUCUUUGAUGAAAUUGAAAUUUAACAUGAAAUACUAUUGAACGAAAACUGCAGCCUGAGAUUCAAUGGACUUUUAUGUCUGGUAGAUGUAUAAAAAUAAGAAGGCCCCCUUCUCAUUAUCAUUCUUUUCUUGAGGGAAAAGGAACCUAAAAAGAAGUGAAAAGGGUAAUGGUCACAAGUUUCUUGCCUUUGCCGUUGAGCCAGUCAGAGGUACCAAGCGCUUGGAAUUAGAAUAACAAACAACUUUUGGUGAAAAUUUUGAAAGGUGGAAGUGGAAUUUGUUAGCUUCAUCUGGCCUGAUGGAUUAGAAAAAAGCACCAAGUCAAACAUGGGCUUCACCCAACUUCGGAGCUUCGGCGCCUUGUUCUAAGCUCAACCCCAAGCCUAUCAAAGCAAAAACUUGGGCUGUUCUACCUAGAUUUACACAUCUUUACA